GUUGAGGCCCCAAAAGACAACCCUUCCGGGUCAAGCGUCAGAGCUGUCUGGAGCCGGAACUGUGAGGACGGAGAUUUGGGAGCUUCUGAUCUCGGGUCUGAUAUCACGAAAGAUUCCCGGUAUGGAGAGUUGCCAAGAAGAUCGCCACGGUUCCGACAGGAUGCUGGGUCUGGGAGCUGAUGAGGACCGAGAACAGCAGCAUGGUGGGAAUGCAAUGGUCUUGAAGGCCAGAGAGGAAGGGGGCAAGAAUGGGCUUGUAGAGAGCAAGCCUGCUCAGGGUGAGCUUGACCAGGGCGACCUUGCUCCAGGCAAGCUUGCUCAAGAAGAGCCUACUCAGCUCAUUCUUGCCCAGGAAGCCACAGGAGUGGCAGAGGAGGCAGGAAUCAAAGAAGCAAUGGGAGGAGGACAUGCUGGCGAUGGUAGCUUUGGCCCGGUGGACAGCGGGGAAGGUGGCCAUGGCAGCGGUGCUCAGCAGCAGCCCCAGCAAGAGGCUGCGAUGCCUGAGGGCAGCAAGAGUCUACGGGCUGGGAACAGGCAGCCUCUGCAGCGCCGCACCAGAUUCACCCUGUCUCAGCUGCAGGACCUGGAGCAUCUCUUCCAGGAGACUCGCUACCCCAGCCUGCGAGCAAGGAAGGACCUAGCAAGAUGGAUGGGCGUGUCAGAAGCCGAUGUGCAGGAUUGGUUUAGGAACCGGAGAGCCCUUUUCAGGAGAAAUAAUAGACUAUCCAUGCUGAGCGAUCUUAUACAUGAUUCCCAGAACGACGAUGCCUGAAGAUAUUGAAGCCAGCACUUGAGUGCCAUCCCUGCCCAGGAGACAGAAGUCCUGGAGCCUGUCCCUGCCCCCAGUGUCUCGGCUACCCAUACUGGCCAUGACAACCUUUUCUUCCCUGAAAUCUUUUCUGCAAUAAAGUGCUGGAUUGUCGA